CAUUUCCAGGAAGGGGAAACUCCCAGUAGCUGAAAUCUGAGAAAACGAAACUUAACUCGGGUUUUGGCGGGAGGGAGCCAUGGCUGCUGCAGGGGGUCACAUCCAGAAUCUCCGUGAUGAAUCCACUUGCUCCAUCUGCCUGGAUUACUUCAAGGAUCCAGUGACCAUCCCAGAGUGUGGGCACAACUUCUGCCGAUCCUGCCUGGUCCUGUUCUGGGGGGAAUCGGAGGCGGAGGCUUCCUGCCCCCAGUGCAGAGAAAGAGUCCAGAGAAGGAGCCUCGUCUCCAACCGGCAACUGGCUAAUGUGGCGGAAAUAGUGAAGAAUCUCAGCCUUCAAGAGGGAAAGGAGGAAGGAGGGAAAGGAGGAGUCUGCGAGGAUCACCAGGAGCCCCUGAAGUUCUUCUGCAAAGUCCACGAAGCCCCCAUCUGCGUGGUGUGUGACAAAUCGAAGGAACAUGAAAAUCACAAGGUGAUUCCUCUGAAAGAGGCUUUGGAGGAAUACAAGGGAGAGAUCUGUCGCCACCUGGAGAUUCUGAGGAAAGAGAGAGAGGAAAUUCUGGCCUAUCAAGCAGAUCUGGACAAGGAAAGCAAAGACCUCCUUAAAUUAACAGAAACGGAGAGGCUGAAGAUUGUGGAGAAGUUCAGAGAACUGCGCCAGUUCCUGGAAGAAGAAGAAAAAGGUCUGCUGAAUCAUAUGGAAGAGGUGGAGAAGGAGAUUGCAGGGAGAAGGGAUGAGCAGCUGGCCAGACUCUCCAGGAAACUCUCCUCUCUUGAGAGGAUCAUCCAGGAGAUGGAGGAGAAGCGUCAGCAGCCAGCGAGUGAACUCCUGCAGGAUGUGAGAAGGACCUUGCAGAGGUAUGAGAAAAGAGAGAGUCCAGAGAACCCACUGCCUUUCCCUCUAGAACUGAGGAACAGGAUCUUGGAAUCCUGUGAUCUAAAUCACCUUGUGGAGGAUACAAUGAAACAAUGGAAAGACGCUGUGUUAUACAGAAAACAGCUUCAGAAAGAUGUUCAGUCACUCAGAAGUCUCCAGAGAGGUAAAUUUCACAUGGAGACCCCAGUUCACGGGGGGACGGGGGACAGGACUAGUGUUUCAUGGGGGUCAAGAGUCUCUUCUACGGAUACAGCCUAA